CAAUGGAAAUGGCGCAUGAAAACGCCGGUGAACUCUCUAGCUCUUCCUCUUCUGGGAGUCUAGAAUUGUGUUGUGAGUGGGAUAGAUCGGAAGAAUCAAGUGAUGACGAACACGGGUGCAUCCAACCGUACAGGUUUGAACCUGUUACUGUGCAAUCUGAGAGCGACUCCGACCCCGAGAUGGACAGCGGACAGCCCAGCAUUGAACAACACAAGGUUGGAUAACAAGGAUUGGAAAAGACAGGAAGUCAGAGGAAGUCUCGACAGUUGGGAAGGGGUUCUAAAAUGGACAGUCCUGCAACUGUUGCGCACUACAAAGCUGGCAUGGUGCUGAGUGGAGUGGGCGAUGCUCUAGGCUACAAGUGGGAGUUUCAGUUUUCUGGGCCACAUAUCCAACAGGAAGUUCAGAAGCUUGGAGGAGUGAAGAAAAUCUCUGUUAAACUUCCUGAUUGGCCAGUCAGCGAUGAUACGGUGCUUCACUUGGCCACAGCUGAAGCGUUAACCACAGGAAAGGAAGGUGAGAACCUGCUGCAUGAGGUGGCACACCGUUACAAGGUGGGUAUGACGGAUAUGAAUGGGAGGGCUCCAGGACUUUCGACGAUGGCAGGUGUGAAUCAGUUAAAGCCAGGAAGACCAGGAGGCUACAGAAUAACUUACAACCAAAGAAGUGGAGGAUGCGGUGCUGCCAUGCGGUCUAUGUGCAUUGGCCUGAGAUAUCCUCAACCAGAGCAGCUUUCCUCAUUGGUUGCAGUUGCAGUAGAGACUGGCAGAAUGACACACCCUCAUCCAACUGGAUUCCUCGGGGGUGUGGCUUCUGCGCUGUUUGCAGCCUAUGCCAUCCAGCGCCGACCAAUCACAACCUGGGGGCUGGGCUUAGUGAAGGAGGCUUGUCCAGUAGCUAAGGAGUUUGUUAGGUCGGCAGGAUAUGCCGUUCCUGAGACAGAGAGAGACUGGGGAUACUUCACAGAGCAAUGGGAAAAGUAUCUUGAGUUGAGAGGGUUGUCAUCAGGAACCAGUCCCGUGCUAUUUCCCGAGCAAUAUGGACCUGCCGAGCGUGAUGAGGCUUAUAAGAGCUUCAGCUUUUCUGGAUGGGGGGGGAGCAGUGGUCAUGAUGCACCGAUGAUAGCUCUGGAUGCCCUCUUGGGGGCAGGGUCAAACUGGGAGGAGCUAAUGAGCCGAGCAGCAUUCCACGGAGGAGACAGUGACAGCACAGCAGUCAUAGCCUGUUGUUGUUGGGGUCUGAUGUAUGGGAUGGAGGGAGUGCCCAAGUGUAAUCACACCAAACUGGAGUACAGGGACCGGCUGGAGAACAGUGCUGAGAAACUUUACACACUGUCACACUGAAUUCAGUGUGUCAUCAUCUCAUGUGGAAACACGACAAACACUAUUUUAUGUCUAAGAAAAGGAAAUUAAAGGAAUUCCAGAAUGAAUGGCACGAUUCAUAAGAGUGAACAAAAAAUGAUUAGCAUUUUUAUGAAUAUGUAGUUUGUUUUUUUUUUUUUUAAUUUUAGUCAAGGUUGGGGUGGAUCUGGAGUCUAUACCAUUAACGCUAGCUUUUAACCCUGAUGCGGGGCACCACAGUUUAUUUUAUACAGAUCAUAUUAUUGUCUUCUUUUCAAGCGUGCUGCUAAUUCUGAAGUUGACUUUAAGCAGAUAGAUGUGUAGCUGUUUAUUUACCUGGAGAAACAAGUGAUUAACAAAAGCAUUUUCAUGAAUUAAAAAUAUGCAGGUUGAAUUGACUAUGUAAAUUAGCAUUUACUUCAAUUAGGAGUUACCAGCUUGUCAAAAUAAAGUUAAGCUUUUAUUCGUCA